UCCAGCAGAACGUCAAUCGUCAAGUGACGUCAAGUUUACUUCUGUUGUUAUUUAUUAAAAAAUAUUCAGCUUUUCUGCACUAUUAUGGCAAAAUUUGAUAAUUAGAAAUCAAUAUCAAUAAAAGGAGGAUUAAUUAAAUCGAAAAAAAUCUAUAUUUAAGACUCAAAACAGAUAAAAACUCCAAAAUGCCAGACGAAGAGGAUAUUAGUGCUUCGGUUCGCAUGACGAAUGAUGAUUUUCGAAAAUUAUUAAUGACACCUAGAGCAUCGGCUCCAUCGUCAACGCCAGCAACUGUACCUGGAACACUUCGCGAUGCAAGUGCAAAAACAGCACAAACACCAAAUAUCAGCGGUAAUAAUCGCGGUGAAUUACGUCGAAAGAAAAAAAGUUUUUAUGCCAAACUAAAAAAACAAGAGGAGGAUAAAAUGGCUGAAUUAGCGGAAAAAUAUCGCGACAGAGCAAAGGAACGUCGCUCGGGUGUUAGUCAAGAUUAUCAACCAGAAGAUCCAAUGAAUACAACAAGUGCUUAUCGUGCCGUUGCACCCGAUAUACAAUCGGGAAUGGAUGCUGCCGAACGUCGAAGGGAAAUGAUUCAAAAUUCCAAAUUUUUGGGUGGUGACAUGGAGCAUACUCAUUUGGUGAAAGGAUUGGAUUUUGCCCUUUUACAAAAGGUGCGAAGUGAGAUAAAAAAUAAAGAACUGGAACAGGAGCAAGAAAUGGAGAGACUAGUAAAACCGAAGGAAGCGGCAAAGGAGGAGCAGCAGCAGCAACAACAACAACAACAACAGCAGCAACAACAACAACCAAAGGAAGUGAAGAAAAAAGAGGACGAGAUGCAAUUUAAAACAAAAGUUGGUCGUAAUAUUUACAAAACAAUAAUGACAAUGAGAUCGAAGCAAAUUGAACGUAAUGAACUUUUUAUUCCCGGUCGUAUGGCCUAUGUAAUUGAAUUGGACGAUGAAAAUGUGGAAGUUGACAUUCCAACAACAUUAAUAAGAAGUAAAGCUGAUGUUCCAACUGUUGAUACAACACCAACUUUAACAACAAAUGAUAUUGUUAUUAAUAAAUUAGCGCAAAUUUUGUCCUAUUUACGUCAAGGUAGCCGACAUGGUAAAAAAGGAAAGAAAAAAGGUCGACUUGACGAUAUGAAUGAAAUGGAUAUUGCACCAAAACCACCGCAAGAUGAUAGUAUUUAUGGUGAUAUUGGCGAUUAUGUACCAUCAACGGAGAAAAGUAAUUCCUCACAUCAUCAUAAAUCAAAAAAGAAGACAACAACAUAUUUUGAUAAACCACAUGAUUCUGAAAUGGAAAGUGAUAAACACAAUGUACCAAGAUUACCAAUAGCUCUUGCACAAAAUAUUGUUGGUACAUCGGGACAACAGGCAGAAUUAUCAAAAGCAGGUUCAAUUCUCAGUAAAUUUGCCACAGAACCAGAGGGAUACGCGGAAUGUUAUCCUGGUCUUGAUGAAAUGCAAGACGCAAUUGAUGACUCAGACGAUGAGGUUGAUUAUACAAAAAUGGAUCUUGGUAAUAAAAAAGGACCAAUUGGUAGAUGGGAUUUUGAUACACCGGAAGAAUACAGCGAGUAUAUGAAUAAUAAAGAGGCAUUGCCAAAAGCUGCUUUUCAAUAUGGUGUGAAAAUGGCUGACGGAAGAAGAACAAGAAAAUUCAAUAAGGAGAAAAAUGAAAAAGCCGAAUUGGAUCGCGAAUGGCAGAAAAUUCAAAAUAUUAUGAAUAAACGAAAACCAUCAGGUAGUGCGGACUCUGCGCCAGAGUUCAAAGUUCCAAGAUACUAAGAUUUUAGUAUCGUUUAUACAAUAAAUUAAUUGAAUUAUAAAUAAAUACACGAUUUUUUAAGUAGGAAAAAAUAGUUUAUUUAAAAAAAAAAAUUAUCUUGUAAAAUUAUAAAAUUUCGCAUGUAAUCAAUAAAAAAAAGAGAUAAAAAUCAUUAAA